AUGUUGGUGGGCUGCUGCGGGUUGCUGGAGUAAAAAUUGUUUGACAGGGAGGUGAGGCGACCUGUGCGCAGGGGCUCGGAAAGAGAAGGGAAGUUUUUAGCACGUCUGUGGCAGUUUGCGAGUCCGGCGGGGAGGCAGACUCGGGGGGCGACAAAUGAUUCGUUCGCGUCUAAGCAACAGGGCACGGAGCGAAAUGUCAGGGACUGUUACAGCCUUGAGCACAGGGAAGCGCGACUAGUCCACCGCAACGCGGAAAAUAUUCAGCGGGGUGAGAAUGCGAAUGGUGCGAAGAUACCGAAAUCAAACAAAAUGGAAACGAUGUAGCGUCGCUGCGGCAUUUCAUAUAGCUAGAACUAACGGUAGAGUAGAGAGUAGAUAGCUAAGGAGCUAGCAGGUUAACUAACAUACAUGUAAAGUUAUUCCCCGGAGAAGCUGAAGCAGAGCCCGGAGGCGUCUGUUGAAUCAGAAGAGUUCACCAGUGUUGCGAAAUCCAAGAAGAUAAACAAGAAGAUGCUACGGAGAAGACUGAACCGUUUGCUUGGCGGUGAUGAGAGAAGAGUAGACAGUAGGACUAUCUAUGUUGGUCAUCGGCCGUGUUCCGCCACUGAGGCUUUCAUACCACCCAAGUUCUGUGAUAACAGGAUCGUGUCCUCCAAGUAUACAGUUUGGAACUUUCUACCAAAGAACCUGUUUGAGCAGUUUAGAAGAAUUGCCAAUUUCUACUUCCUUAUCAUCUUCCUGGUGCAGGUGAUAGUGGACACCCCCACCAGCCCAGUCACCAGUGGCCUACCCUUAUUUUUUGUGAUCACAGUAACUGCAAUCAAGCAGGGCUAUGAGGACUGGCUACGACACAAGGCUGACAAUGAGGUGAAUAAGUACCCAGUGACAGUGCUAGAGGACGGCCGGAGGAUACGGAAGGAGAGUGAGAAGAUCAAGGUUGGAGAUGUUGUGGAGGUGGAGGAAGAUGAGACCUUUCCCUGUGAUUUAAUACUCCUGCAGUCUAGCCGAGAUGAUGACACAUGCUUUGUUACCACAGCAAGUCUGGAUGGAGAGUCCAACCAUAAAACACACUACACAGUGCCAGACACAGAGAAGGAUCUGGAAUCUCUCAUCGCCACCAUUGAGUGUGAACAGCCACAGCCUGACCUUUACAAGUUUGUGGGCCGUAUGCACAUUGACAAAAACAAUCAGGAGCCCGUUGUAAGGUCUUUGGGCCCGGAAAACCUUCUGCUGAAAGGGGCAACCUUAAAGAACACUCAGAAAAUCUGUGGUGUUGCAGUUUACACUGGCAUGGAGACAAAGAUGGCGCUCAACUACCAGGGCAAGUCUCAGAAACGCUCUGCUGUGGAGAAGUCUAUCAAUGCCUUCCUUCUGGUUUACCUUUGCAUACUGGUGAGCAAGGCCCUUGUGUGCACCACUCUAAAGUAUGUGUGGCAGAGCAAGCCUGGGCAGGAUGAGCCUUGGUACAAUGAGAAAACCCAGAGAGAGAAGGACACCAACCUGUACUUAAAGAUGUUCACCGACUUCCUGUCCUUCAUGGUGCUCUUCAACUUCAUCAUUCCGGUUUCCAUGUAUGUGACGGUCGAGAUGCAGAAGUUUUUAGGAUCCUUUUUCAUCACGUGGGACAAGGACUUCUUUGACCCUGAAAUCAAGGAGGGGGCACUAGUCAACACUUCAGACCUCAAUGAGGAACUGGGACAGGUGGAGUACGUCUUCACAGACAAGACAGGCACCCUAACUCAGAAUAACAUGGAGUUCAUAGAGUGCUGCAUCGACGGUUUCCAGUACAAGUACCGGGACGCAAGCUCGGAGUUGGACGGAUUUUGUGUCACAGAUGGACCUGUGAGCAAACUACAGCAGAAAGCUGGCAAGGAGAGGGAGGAGCUGUUUCUGCGUGCCCUGUGUCUGUGCCACACAGUCCAGGUGAAGGAGUCUACAGAGCAGGGUCAAGGCCAAGGGGACGGACUGGUUGACCAGGUGGAUGGCUUAGGGGUGGAUGGAGAGGUGGUCUGCCCUCCGCAGGAGCAGAGGGGCUUUAUAGCCUCUUCACCCGAUGAGGUUGCUCUGGUCAAGGGUGCCAUGAAGUAUGGCUUUACAUUUCUGGGUCUCGAAAGUAAAACCAUGAAAAUUCUCAACAGGAACAAUGACAUUGAAUUGUAUGAACUGCUUCACGUGCUGAACUUUGACCCAGUGAGAAGGCGAAUGAGUGUAAUAGUCAGAUCAAAAUCAGGUGAUACACUGCUCUUCUGUAAGGGAGCAGACUCGUCUAUCUUCUCACGCGUCAGACAGGAGGAGGUCGAAAGGAUACGCAUGCAUGUAGAGCGUAAUGCGACGGAGGGCUACCGGACGCUGUGUGUGGCCUACAAAAUUCUCAGUGCGGAGGAGUACGCCCAGGCAGAUGCAGGAUUGAGGGAAGCUAGACUGGCUCUGCAGGACAGAGAGGAGAAGCUCAUGACUGUUUACAACCAAGUGGAGACCGGCAUGAGUCUAAUAGGAGCCACUGCUGUGGAAGAUCGGCUUCAAGAGGAGGCAGCAGAGACCAUGGAGGCUCUGCAGGGUGCAGGCAUUAAAGUUUGGGUCCUAACGGGGGACAAGAUGGAGACGGCAAAGUCCACCUGUUAUGCUUGUAGGCUGUUCCAGAGAAAUACGGAGCUGUUGGAGCUGACAGUGCGUACUCUGGAGGAUGAAGGGAAGAGGCGUGAGGAACGACUGCACGAGCUGUUGCUUGAGUACCACAAGAAAGCUGUACAGGAUGCACCACCAGUUAAAGCAGGUGUCACCAGGAGCUGGUCUUCGGCGGGCCAGGACUACGGCUUUAUCAUAGAUGGAGCCACUCUGUCGAUGGUGCUCAACUCCUCCUCUGAAUCCAACUCGAGUCGCUACAAGAACCUGUUCCUGCAGAUUUGUCAAAACUGCACGUCUGUGCUCUGCUGCCGCAUGGCUCCUCUCCAGAAGGCACAGAUAGUUAAAAUGGUGAAGAACUCUAAAGGCAGCCCCAUCACCCUUUCCAUUGGAGAUGGUGCCAAUGACGUCAGCAUGAUUUUGGAAGCUCAUGUUGGCAUUGGUAUUAAGGGUAAAGAGGGUCGGCAGGCAGUGAGGAACAGUGAUUAUGCCAUCCCCAAACUCAAGCACCUCAAGAAACUUUUGUUGGCUCAUGGGCAUCUCUACUAUGUUCGCAUUGCACACCUGGUGCAAUAUUUCUUUUACAAGAACCUUUGCUUCAUCUUACCUCAGUUUUUGUACCAGUUCUUCUGUGGCUACUCCCAGCAACCCCUGUAUGACGCGGCCUAUCUGACGAUGUACAACAUCUGCUUCACCUCUAUGCCCAUCCUGGCUUACAGCCUCUUGGAGCAGCACAUCUGCAUGGAGGUUCUGCUGGACAACGCUACCUUCUACAGAGAUAUUGCUAAGAAUGCCAUGUUACGAUGGGGACCAUUCCUCUACUGGACUUUACUUGGAGUCUUCCAUGGCUUGCUCUUCUUCUUUGGUGUUCGAUAUUUGUUCAGUAACCCAGCACUGCAGGAUAACGGCCAGGUUUUUGGGAACUGGUCGUACGGAACAAUUGUGUUCACUGUCCUCGUCUUCACUGUCACUCUAAAGCUCGCUCUGGACACACGACACUGGACAUGGAUCAACCACUUCGUAAUCUGGGGCUCCCUGGCUUUCUACGUGUUUUUCAGCUUCUUCUGGGGAGGAAUAAUAUGGCCUUUCCUGAGGCAGCAACGUUUGUACUUUGUGUUUGCCAACAUGCUGAGCUCGGUGUCAGCCUGGCUGGUCAUCAUCCUGCUCAUCCUGCUCAGCCUACUGCCAGAGAUCCUGCUCGUGGUGUUCCGCAAACCCCGCGGGCCUCACGCUCGACAGAAGAAGCCGGCUCAGUCGAGCGCAGGGGGCCGCCAGUCUCCCCGGUCUUCAGCCAGGCCCCUGCUCAUGAGAACCUUUUCAGACGAGUCCAAUACUGUCAUUUAAACAGCUGUCAGAGGACGGCCUGCUACAAACAUCCAGACUGCAGCUGUCACACCACUAUCCUACAAGCACCUGAAGGAGCGCGAGUGAGGAGCAGCGAGCACGCGCAACAGCAGCGGCGUUCAGCCACUUUGAGCUGUCUGCCAUCACGCCUGAUCUGAGAGGAGGAAGAGGAGGAAAAAAAUAAGAAGAAAAAGAGAGAUGUGCUGACCGGGAGGGGGAAGGGAUAAAAAGGGGUUUAGCAGUCUUUUGACUCUGCUCCAUCCUUCUCUGCCCACAGCUCCUCAACCCCCCCAUGCAUGCCUGCAGAGCGGUGCCCUGCAUCAUUUAAAAAAAAAAAAAAUCUACUCAGAUUAUAGGCAUGAGUUUUCUUUCCUUUACUUCUUCUUUUUUUUUUCUUUUUAAAUACUAGCUUACAAAUGAAUGCAUACACGGCUGCCUUGUCAGUAGCUCUACCCAACUGUUGUGUUUUAACAAGCAGUUGUAAUAUCCACUCCAAGAAUGGUUCACCUGCAUGAAAGAAGGCUCAAAAGAACGCUUCACUCCACUAAUGUUCAGUCACUGUAUUCUGCAGCGUUUUUAUUAAGACAUAACGAUCCUUUUCUCAGCGGUUGAAGGUAAUUCUACUUUACAGUUAUCGCGCUUUUUGACAUUUAUUUUUUAAAUGGUUAGCAUUUGUUUCAGGAAAUACACUCAUCCACAGGUUCAAAUUAUUCAGGAUGAAAAGUUACUGAAGCAGAUUUCAGUUCUGCUCAGAGUAGCAAGCAGACUGUCGGAACGGGUUCAUAGAUGGAUGAUUCUCUGUCCUACACUAAAGGUGUGUGAGGGGUUGAUGGAGGCCAUAUUACCACUCAGUCCAAAAAGUGUGUGAGUGUGUAUGUGAGAUUGAGAGAUAGAUUAGAGAUGUCAGGCGUAUUCUGGCAAUGGAGCAUUGCUCGGAGCGUGACCCAAAUCCUCCAAACCUCAGAGAUAAUUUAAGAUGAGAAAAUUAAUAUAUGUGCUGUACUGUAUAUAGCUUAGAGAUGUAUGAGCUGCUCAAAGCCAAAAAGCUGAACGUAAUGCGAUCAGAUUCUGUCCGCACGAGUGUGACCUGAAAGUGACAAGUCAGUGUGCGUGUGUGUGGGUGGGUGUGUGUGCAUGCGCGCGUGUUACAUAAGCGCGUGCAGCUGUGCUGGAUGAGAAAAGCCAGAAACGCCCGUGUGUCAUGAAAACCAGGAUUACUUGAGCCUUGUUAAUGUAGUUCGGUUGGACAUUUCCUGCACUAUUAAGGAAACUGGUUUCUUCGUUGCGUAGAUGGCCACUAAGGCAUGCGAAUGCACACACGCGCAUAUCAGAACAAUACACGCACAAUAACCCACACACGUUGUACACUUACUGUAAAUGCGCACAUGCACUAAAGCCUAAAUGAGGUAUUUAUGUUCAUUAGUCCUUAUGUAGUUUGCGUUGUUUGUGCCAGGCGGGUUCGAUGUGGAAGUCUAAAGAAAUUCAGCUCCAGACGUGCAGAGUCUGCAGCCGCAGCCGCCGUGAGGCUCUACAGUCCUUCCGUCUGCAGUUUUCCACCUUUUGUUCCUUCCUUUAAAUUCUUGCGUGUCGCUUCAUACAUUCCAUGUAAACGCCAUGAUUUCAAACACUUUUUUUAGAUACUGUUUUGCAAUAUAAUUUUCUGUUGUUGAUUUCCGCCCCCCACAAACAUGUAUUGUCUGUUGUGGCGUAUUUAUUAAGUGUACUUUUAUUCACAAAUGUUAAACUUUUAUUCCAUCAAUCUGUUCGUUUUGUUUUUUAUUGUGGAGAGUGGUCAGAUUUGUGCUAGAUCACGUGUUACUCCAGCUCUGAUGUGAGCCUGGUAGUCUUUGUCACACAUGCAAAGACAGGCAGCCCCGCCUCCCCAACACACCCACAACAUCCCAAAAUCAACUCCGAACCAGUGCCCCCACCGCCGCCGUUCUUAGAUUAUUUAAACGCUCGGUUUAAACUGAUACGAACCUGCCACUUAUGUCUUCUCAUAAUUAGUGUUUUGUGUUACAGAAUCUGUCAGUCUGGUGAUUUUCAGUCUGGUGAUUUUAGAGUUCACUACUUCACUGAUCCCUGCUCAAACAGUAACUCCAGUGCACCCCUUUCAGGUACUGGCCUUGCACUUCACCUCACUGACUGUAACCUCACCUGUCUGAUCCUGCGGACCUGCAGAACGCCUCCUGCACUCAUAACUCCAAAUUGAGAUUUAAACUUUGUUCUUAACAAAUGGGGGAAAUGCACGUGCCUUUCAGCGACAUUUUCUUCCACGUGGGUCUGUUUUUUGCUGAUGUUAGGACAGAGGAGGAGGCUGGUCUUUACUCUGUGACAUGUCGCCUCCAGACAGCACUGUGCCGGAGAUACGGGGUGUAAAGCGGACACAGAGAGGGGCUGCCUGCUUUGUGAACAAAUGAAAAACCUUUAACUGACAUCAGAGAUGCUAUUUUCAGAGCUUAAGAAUACCUUGGAAUCUAAUGUUUUGCCUGUCUAAAUGAAAAGUAUAAAAGAAUGGAUUGUAUUUUUAAUGCAACCUUUUUCCAGCCACUUUUGUAAAAAAUGUCAAAAAAGAAAAGGAACAAAAAAAAAAGCACGAGAGUCUCUGGUUGUGGACGCUGUCCCUGUCUGAGGGGGUGGAGGUGGGCUUCUUCAGGCCCCUCAGAUGCCCUGUGUGGUGCAGCAGGGACACCUCACCUCCAGCCCUUCGGGUCUCCAGCCUCAACUCUCCAAACCUCCAAGCUGAAUGUACCUCUUUGACACUAGUAUAUUCCAAACCCGAAGGUUUUCUGUAAUAAAGCAGAAUGUUUUGAA